UAAAACGAAAACCACCAAAACCCAAAUAAACAAAAGUACAGAGCUUAGACACUAGAAGCUAAAGCCCCUCUCUGCUCUUACCUCUGCAGUGCUGCAUGCAAUAUCUGCUACUGCUAAACAUACAAUUUUGUUUUUCUUCUCAAGAACACUGUAACUCAAAGCUAUUAUUUCUUUUUUCUCUUCUUCUUUUGCCUUCUUUUCAGGUGUUUCUUUUCUUUUUUUGACAGAUAUCUUUCUUUGUUGUUGCUUGCCCAAAGUUUCCUUUUCUUUCCUUUCCUUUCUUUUCCCCUUUAAUUAUAAUUACACUUUCUGUUUGUUUUGUAUCUAAACAAGUUAUUAUAUAUAUACCCAUCGGAUUUUGACAGUGGCAGAGCUUCUUUUAGGUGAAAAGCAGCAUUUAAGAGAAAAGGGUAUUUGGGUGAGUUUGUAUAAUAACACUAAAACAAUUUAAUGCACUGACAAUCUUGGAAUUGUGAGGAUUUUCUUUGUUUCUUGACAGAGAGUGUUUAAAUACUCUCCGACUCUCUCUGUCUGUCACCACUCUACUCUACACUGCAGCUUACAUACAAUAUUAAAGAAAAGCUGUAACAGCCGUUUUGGUGUAGACUCAAUUCACUGACUUCUUCUUCUUAAAAAGGUAUAAACUUCAUAAUAGAAAGUUACAAGAAACAGCAGAUUUGCAGGACUGUCAUACAUUUGUCAAUAUAAAAGAUCUGUAGUGAAGGAAAAGAGAAAUCAAAAUGUUAUCUCAAAAGCAAGCAGAGGAAGAAAUGGUAUCUAGGUUUAAUGAGACUGAUGAGCAUGGAACAGAGAAAGAAGAAGAGGGGGAAGAUCACUCUAUUUUUAGUGUCAAAAGUCUUCUUUGGCAUGGUGGCUCUGUGUAUGAUGCCUGGUUUAGUUGUGCUUCAAAUCAGGUGGCUCAGGUGCUGUUAACACUGCCCUACUCUUUCUCACAAAUGGGGAUGCUUUCAGGGAUAAUUUUACAGGUGUUUUAUGGUAUUCUUGGGAGCUGGACUGCUUAUCUCAUCAGUGUUCUCUAUAUAGAGUACCGUAGCAGAAAGGAGAAAGAGAAUGUCAACUUCAAGAACCAUGUCAUACAGUGGUUUGAAGUGCUUGAUGGUUUACUUGGUCCAACCUGGAAAGCUGUUGGCUUGGCCUUUAACUGCACUUUUCUCCUCUUUGGUUCUGUUAUACAACUUAUAGCCUGUGCAAGCAAUAUCUACUAUAUAAAUGACAAAUUGGACAAGAGGACAUGGACAUAUAUCUUUGGAGCUUGCUGUGCCACUACUGUAUUCAUACCCUCAUUUCAUAAUUACAGAAUUUGGUCUUUUCUUGGACUUGGAAUGACCACUUAUACUGCUUGGUACUUGACAAUCGCAGCCAUUGUUCACGGCCAGGUUGAAGGUGUAACCCACUCAGGCCCAAAAAAAUUGGUUCUUUAUUUCACAGGCGCCACCAAUAUUCUCUAUACUUUUGGAGGUCAUGCUGUCACUGUGGAAAUUAUGCAUGCAAUGUGGAAACCUCAGAAAUUCAAGUACAUAUAUCUCCUUGCCACCCUGUACGUUUUCACCUUAACAAUCCCAUCGGCUACUGCUGUCUACUGGGCAUUCGGUGAUCAACUGCUCACUCACUCGAAUGCCUUUUCGCUACUUCCUCAUUCCGGCUGGCGUGAUGCCGCAGUUAUCCUCAUGCUCAUCCAUCAGUUUAUAACAUUUGGAUUUGCUUGUACACCAUUGUAUUUUGUAUGGGAGAAGGUAGUUGGAAUGCACGAUACAAAGAGCAUAUUUUUGAGGGCAUUAACCCGGUUACCUGUAGUAAUACCAAUAUGGUUCUUUGCAAUUAUAUUUCCUUUCUUUGGACCCAUUAAUUCAGCAGUGGGGGCUCUUUUGGUCAGCUUCACCGUCUACAUCAUCCCUUCUUUAGCUCAUAUGCUCACUUACCGCUCUGCCUCUGCUCGACAGAAUGCAGCAGAGAAGCCACCAUUCUUCCUCCCAAGUUGGACAGCCAUGUAUCUAGUCAAUGCAUUUAUAGCGAUAUGGGUACUUGUAGUUGGUUUUGGAUUAGGAGGGUGGGCUAGCAUGACCAAUUUUAUAAGGCAGGUUGACACAUUUGGUCUCUUUGCCAAGUGCUACCAGUGCCCCGGUGCGAAGCACCACUGAUCAGAGUUAUGGACUCAUCAUUGAAACCCUUCUCCAAGCAUUUACAUUCUCUUUUUUUAUGUAUUAUACAGAAGGGAGACACCACCACCGCCAUCUUCUCCUCUCUCUCUCUCUCUCUCUCUCUAUAUAUAUAUAUAUAUAUAUAUAUUGGGUUUUGUUUCAACAUUUUUAUAAGAGUAGGUGAUUUGUGAAUGUUCAUGUUUGGUUAAAUUAGUAUCAUAGCAAUGUUUCAAAUUUCUCUAUGCUGUGAAAUGAAUACAAUUCAGAAUUAGCAAAUGUAAUUAUCCAGAGUAUUGAAAGUUCGAACUACUUUUCAUGAAAAUCUUAGACUUUUAUUA